CUUUCCUCAGGACAUCUGCACAUUCAGAUAUGAAUGUGUGCCAGCUGCCCAAUUUUCCCCAGGUUCAGGUCUCGCGGACGGAGGCCGAAGCUGAUGAAACGACUCCAGAGUUUAUAUCGGUAAAACUCGUCAAUAACAAGGCUCGAAUCAGAAUAUCACCAUCUAUCAUUCAACUCGACACUCUUCCAUCACGCGCACAGCUCUUCACAAGUUCGAAUACACGGGGCUGGUUUUUUGCUAUAACCUAUGGAGGGCCAGGAGGAGUAGCCUUGGCUGGCUCGCAGGUAUCGCAUAUGCGCUCGCGAUUGCUGGAGGUCACGGACACCUACAAGGAGCUAUACACGCCACAACGAACGAUGCAGCUUGGCUCGGUCAUUCCCCAUUAUCUCGCAUUCGCUUUGAACGACUCUAGGCUUAUCAUGGGCCUGAAGAGUGGAGAGAUCGCAGUAUUUGACUCUGAAUCACUAUGUACACCUGGAACGAACGAGAUUCAGCCACUUCAUACAUUCUCCUCGCCCACUGGUGGCCCGGCUCGCUUUAUUAUGCCGAACCCAGGAGACCUACCUGAAUUGGUUGCCGUGCUUCGCGAACCAGAUGGACGCACAGAUAGCCAGCUGCUUGAAGUUCUGGACGUGGCAAAAUUCCAGACAAUUACGGGGUGGAGGAGUGGAGGGUCGCCAAAGACAUAUCCAACCAGCUUGGCCUGGUCACCGAAGGGGAAACAACUGGCGAUCGGUCUCAAAAGUGGCGACAUCAUCACCUUCAGUCCCACGGAACCUGCACACCCAAAGUCGUUCAUUCCUCACCCAGCCGCGAGCAACGGCCAAAGUCUCGUGCACGCCACAUGGCUAUCAAAUCCUCUGUUCUACACCAUGUAUGCCCCAACCGACCCUUUCGACGUCAAUGCCGAGCAAACGCACGUAGUUAUCUCCCAUGAUUCUAAGCGUAACACGGCACUAGACACUCGAAUCCCUUUGAACUUCUUUCCUACGGCAGUUCGUCCGCCAGGCGCUUUCCCUCUCGUCAUGCGAAAUUGGGAUCCUGCCAAAAUCUUGAUGCUCAUGGGCGAUGGCACUACGGCCGACAUUGGCAUCAUUGGACAUGUCGCCAUCUCACCCACAGAAGACAGAUGGCAACGCAUCACGCUCGAGGACAUCGCAACCCCCAGCAUGCCGUUGGAUGAUGACUCACAGGAGACGACGAUGUUAGGGUUCGAGCUGGAUCUCCACAACACAAUAUCGUACGCUGAUACUAAAGCGUCCGGAGAGACGGUCGAUCUCCCUCCUCCGCCAAUCGCGUAUGCGUAUUGUAGCGACGGAACAAUUUGCGCUUGGUUUAUCAUCAACAGAAAUGGUACGCCCUAUCCUGGUAUGCUGACCGGCGAAUCAUCCGCUCCCGCCGCCUUCAGCAGUCCACCAGCACUCGCGACUCCCGCCCAACAGCCCGCCCAACAGCCCGCCCAAACCACCUCCUUCCCCACCCCCACACCUUCUUCGUUUGGGCAACCAUCGGGUUUCGGACAGCCCACUUCAGCGUUUGGACAGCCCUCCUUUGGACAACCAGCGUUCGGACAAGCUUCGUCGGGCUCAGCGUUUGGACAAAAUGCACCCAGUUCGUCGUCGGCCGGAGGCGCAUUUUCUGCUUUCGCUACGGCAGGCCCGUCGAAGUUCGGCCAGACAGGCUUUGGAGCUUUCGGGUCAGCUACUCCCCCAGCCCCUACUCCAGCACCCGCACCCCCUAUACAAGAACAGUUGUCAGAAUCGAUGGACGAUACUCCGACAGAGGCAGCUGCUCCCAAUUUCGGCUUUGGUGGUAUGUCUCUCGGCGGUGAUGCCCCCUCUCAGUCAAACUCAGGCGCGACUGGCAAUAACAUGUUCGGAUCUUUCGGGGCGCAAAUUACACAACCUGCACAACCAGCCGCUUCACCGACUCCUCCCGCGCCAGCACCUUCGUCUGGAUUCGGGCAGCCUAGCUUCGGUAUGAGCACCGCUAAUACCGCUCCCGCUUUUGGACAGAGCUCUUUUGGCUCCCAGCCUGCUUUCGGACAGAGCAGUUUCGGAGCAAAACCUGCUUCUGCCUUCGGUGCGCCCGCCUUCGGUCAAUCUAGCUUUGGAAGUCCUUCACCGAGCGCCACACCUACCGCGCCAGCUUCGUCCGGGUCUGCUUUCGGUGGCGGUGGAGGGUUUGGCAGUUACGCCACAUCUGGGUUGUCUUCUUUCGGUGCCGCCGCAAAACAGGGCGAUUCGAGCACUCCCGCCUGGAAGACUGCUGGUAAUAGUGAAGGUAUCAAAUCCUUCGGUGGAGGUCCUCAGACGGUUUUCGGCGCUCCAGCUUUCGGUGGUCAACCGUCUACACCUUCUCCUUCCGUCACACCGUCUACACCGGCACAGAUGCCACCGCCUCCCCAAACCAACAUUGACCCAUCCAUGUCCUCCGAUUCACCACCACCCGCAGCGCCUCCUGCGUUCGCUACACCCGCUUCUCCCCCGUCCGAACCCACCACGCCUGUUAUGCGGCCACCUAAAGCCCACGGGCUGGAAUCCCCACUUUCGUCUCCGGACAAUUCUCCAAAACCUGCACCAGCUCCAGUACCGGCACCAGCACCGGCAAAACCACAGGUUACGGGGAACGCGUUCUCGGGCUUCAAGACGACGGCGUCGCCUUUCACUGCAAGCAAACUCUCCGGGACUGGCUUUGGGGUAAGCUUGAACGAGGAAUCUCCGUUCGUGAAGGCGGCGAAACAGUCGCAGGACAGUGACAGCCGCAGUGCUUUCAGUGGAGGAGCUUUCUCGAGUUCCGACCUGACUACGACUACUCCAGCCGGGAAACCACCGGUGUCUGCGUUCGGACAACCGUCCGCUCUAGGGGCUCAAAAGUCGGUGUUUGGUCAACCCGCUUUCGGGCAGUCUGCGUUCGGGCAGUCUGCUUUUGGACAGUCUGCAUUCGGGAAAUCUGCAUUCGGGCAAUCCUCUUCGUUUGGUCAGUCGUCCUCGUUCGGAUCGGAGCCGGCUACGCCUUCUCCGCCUCAAUCUACAACGCCAGCUUCGACGACUCCGUUGGGCACCCCUGCGGUUCCUUCUGGGUUUGGGGCGUUCAGUGCGUUCAGCGGGGGGCAGAGUGCGUUUGGGAAGCUGGCCGGGCAGUCAGACAAGCCCAAGCCCUCCUUCCUUGAAUUGUUGAAGGCAGGGGGUCAGGGUGAUAAUGAUGUGUUGAAGUCUAAGGCGACAGAGGAGGUGAAGAAGGAAGAACCGUCGACGACGCCUACGACAACUCCGCAGAAGCCUCCGCCUGUUCAGCCUGAGGCAUCUACGACGCCAAAAGGGAAACCUGAGGAGGUCAAGGGAUCGUCGAGAGCCCCUACGCCUCCGAAAGCGGCUGCUACAGAGGAACUGUCGCAGAGUACAGACUCUGCUGCGUCGUCGUUCGUGGACGUCUCGAGGGAAGAGAAAGGCAAAGAAGCAGAGGAUGAAGGGGCCGAACAGCAAGUUCCGCCUUCGCCUACUUCGGAAGACGCAGAGGGAGAAGAGUAUAUCGAUGAUACGGUGGACUUUUUGUCAGAUGGAUACGAGCCAGAGGAGCCACCCGAAGAAGACGAGGACGAGGAUGACGAUGAGUUCGAAGAGGAGAUCAUUGGUCCGACCGAAUUGGAGCAGAUUCCAGAGGAGGAUGAGCCAGAUACCGACGCCACGGAGACCAAGCCCCUUCCUACCGAAGCUGAAAUCAAGGCGGCUGAAGAAGAAAAGAAAACUACCGUCAGGCCUUCCAUGAUUCCGGUCCCUCCUUCACGCUCUGCCACCCUCACGCCCAAGCCCAGUAUCAAGAUCGAGCCUACCACACCCGAGAUGCCCAAGACUGGCUCUCGAGCUCAGAGCACCACUCCUCCUGGGUCUCCGAAGCUGCAAGCCGCGGAGGUGUUCCAGCCUACGCCACAAGCACCGUCGCCGUCAGGAUCUCCUGCCUUGGGCGCAGCGAUCGGUCUCGGUCGUCCCAGCACACGACCGCUUCGCAGUUCGCCCUUGGCCGGAGAGGCAGUGGCCGGUGACGAGGAAACGGAGAAGAAAGCUACUGGCACACCAUCGCUGGCUGCACCCAAACCCAAACCUGCUUCACCCAAACCUGCUUUCGGCUCAUGGGGUUCCCCUCCUGUCGCCCCCUCCACCGCAGGAACAUCCCCGUCCGAAGUCAAGCCUCCAACUUCAACUCUGUUCGGUGCUGGUAGCGCGACGCGUGGAACACCGCCCCCUAUACUCAAACCAGAGCCUAUCAUCAUGCCUACCGUCCUUUCGCCACCGGGCACCGAGAAGAAAUCACCACGACCGAAAACACCGCCACUCCUUUCGUCAUUUGGGUUUGGAAGACCAAGUGCCACCUCAUCGGCGGGUCAGACCGCACCCGGGACAAAAGCUCCGACGACGCUGGGUAGUGCGUUUGGCGGGGGAGCGCCAUCUGGUGGGAGUCUUUUCAACAAGACUCCCAGUUCGGGUGCGGGCUCUACGACGCCUCCGUCGGGUACGAAGCCGGCCCCACCGUCUGUCCAACCUCAACAGAAGACGGCUUUCGGGUCUGUGUUCUCACCCGCUCCGGCUCCAGCUCCCGGGCAAGGUGCUCAGCCGCAGAAACAAGUGCCGACGCAGACGCCGUUGGAAGCUUUGGAGGAGGGAAUGCAGAGGGAGUGUGCGAAGCUGUUUGUCGAUUUGGGCAAGGAGUUGGAAGACUUGAAGACAUUGGCCCAGGAGGCGAACAAGAAGCGGGAAGAGUUGAUCCGUCCAUCCCCCGCUGCACAACAGCAAGGUGUACCAACAAUGAACGACAUCCAAAUGUUCGGAAAGAAGGUCAAGGAUGCUAGGAAGGAGGUCGAGGCACUGGAGAAGCUGUGUGACGGAUACCGACUUUCAGUCCAAGAGGCAGAGAGCGAUUUGCUCAAAGCGAAGACGAGGAAGGAAGAGAUUGUGCGUCUGGACAUAGCUAAAUCAGAUGCGGAGUUUACGAGGAUGUUGAAGACGAGGAGCUUGAAUCCUGAGCAUAUGGAGACGCAGACGCUACUGAGGAGGGAGAUUCGGGCAAUGCGCGAACUUGUGGAAAAACUCGAGGGUCAUUUGCAAGCUUCGAAGAGGAAGCUCGCACAUAGUAAGACGGGCAAGCCUGGCCUGAAGCCUCCCUCCCUCGACACCGUCAACCGGACCUUCCGCAAUAUCGAUAUCGCCAUCGAUCAACAGAUGGUCGAGAUCAAGAAACUCACUGCUCGGAUGUCCAAACUCGAACUCGACGAUCCCUCAGCGUCGACCUCCUCUCCUCCCUAUGUAAGGGCCACAUCCUCGCCACUCCGAGAUAAGCGUCUACCAGACCACGAUGUUGCCUCGCGACGAGCGAGAGAUGUGACGCCGAAUGUGGCGGUCACCACAGCGGCAGCGCUCAAUGCUGAGAGAUUCGCUCAUAAAUUGAAAGACGCCUUGCUGAAGGUGAGGCGGGAGCCAUUUUUGAAUACCUCAGCAUCCGCGGCUCCUGCCGCCCCCAAAGCAUUCGAAUCCAUUCAGAGGUCCGGUUCUGGCAUGAACCUCGAGGGCCUGCACGUUCAACUCACGCCGUCGUCUCCUCCUAUGGGAGCCGGGUAUUCCCCUCCUCACGGUGGAAGAAGGAGCUCGGGAUCCAGGACUCGGACACAUGGACAGUCUGUGCCGUUGAACAGGAGUGGUGGAAGUGGAAGCAGGCGCUCACCGACUCCGCCGGCGAGUUUCGAUUGGGGACCGUUGCCGAGCGUAAGACCUAUGGCUUCGUUAGCGGCGGAUGUGAGGGGCACGAAGAUGUAGUCAACGUCGAGUAGUAUCUUGUCACUUGUAUGAAUUGUUGCUAUCACAGAGCUUUGCCUAUGAACGGCCGAUUUCAG